CUUGCAUAGGACUGGAGUGCCGGCUAUUUUAUUGUUUUCAGGUGUUAGUGGGUUUCCGUAGUUUGGACUGCUAGUUCUUACAUAAGUGCUAUGAAGAUUUAUUAUUGCUGAUUUUCAGAAGCAUGUGAACCUUAUUUUAGCGUCUUAAUAGUAAUCAGAGGGUUCUUACAUAGAAACUCAACUGCACGUUGCUUAUCUCAAUCUCCCUGUUUUGAGAAAGUGACACAAAACCUCGAAUUUCCUCAAAUCAGGGGGUAAACACAUGUUGAGUAGCCUAACUAAGCCGAUGGCUAAGAGUUAAAAAGUUAUGGAGUGUGGAUUUUGCCUAUAGACAAAACUAAGGAGUACUAUAUUGAGUACUCUUUAGUUUUUUAUUUCCCUCUAAACUAUGUGUAGAAAGUAGUCCUUUACUCAAAAACGAUCGAUUAGUCAGUACAACCUUAAGUCAUCUAAUUGUAAGUUGACGCUCAGGGUUUGAUACUCAUUGACGUACUGUUUGUGUGGUGUAGUAAUGCGUAAUUAGAUGAAUGAUCUUAAAUCUUCAAUCCUCGAGGAAUGUUCAUUAAGCUUGGAGAUGAUUCAUAGCUUCUACUUGUCUGUGGUUAUUAUCUCUAGACCUUUUCAAACUCGGCGGUAAACCACAAAAAGAAACCUAUUUAUUGUUGUACAAUUAACGCAAGCACUCUUCGGGCCAAAUAUUUAUCAUGAAAAAGUAGUAAUCCUUUCGGAAAUAGAACAUGAGGUACUUCCAACAAUCGAGUAGCAUGACUUUGUCCGACUUUACAACCUUGUUAGUCAUGUGUUAGAUAUAUGGUGAGAAAAUUCACGUUCUGGUAUAAUGGUGAAAAGAAAGGUCUGUAUGAUAGUUUCUAUUACUCUUUCAGAGUCUCUAAAUAGCUACUCAGUACCUUAGCCUGAUUUUUGUCCUCUGUUCUGUUUUACUAGAAAAUGUACGUAGUUCUCCUUAAAUCGGCUGGUGAUAAUGCUACUAGCAUCGGUGAUGACCCUUAUGUACAGAUAUUAAAAAACUCAGGUUUCAGCGUAGACUUACUGGAAACUCUUGAUUUCGAGUAUAACAUAUCAAAUCUAGCGGAAUACAAAAAUUGGAGGAACAAUCACAGUUGCAUUAUUUUUAGUAGCCCACGUUCCGUUAUCGCAUGUGUUAAAGCUGGACUAACAGGUAAUGAAAAUGACCUUUGUUUCGUUGUUGGUCCUAGCACUGAGUUACAAGCUAAAAAAGCUGGAUUUUCGCCUAAGGGAGCUGAUUCUGGUGAUGCGGAGAAGCUCGCUAGUUUUAUUUUGAAGCACUUUGCCUCAAAAUUGGAUAAACCUAUUUUUUUCCCAUCUGGGCAAGUACACCGCGACACACUACCGAAAGUUUUGGAAAAUGAAGGAAAAAAAGUAAAUACCGUUGUGGCCUAUUCUUCUGUAGAAAAUACUCAACUUCAUGAAAAACUGCGAUUGAAUUUAUGUGAAGGAAAUCCUAUUCCUGAAUGUUUAGUAUUUUUCAGUCCCUCUGGCGUUUCAUUGACUGAAAAUAUAUUACUAACCGAAAUUAAACCACAUCGACCGAAUAUUAAAUUGGUUGCUAUGGGACGCGCAACAGCAACACGAUUAAAAGAAUUAGGUUUGAUUGUUUCAGCGGUUGCCUCAUCACCUAAACCGGAAAGUCUACUAACGGCACUAAAGCAGUUAAAAUGA